ACACUCUCCCAAGUGCCAGCACACCAGCACCACCGCCAACGCGUUACAGACGCGCCUCUGCGUUACAGAGCUCGACAAGAUGAGCGUCGAACAGCUGCACGCAAGGAAGCUCCUGUCGCACGCCGCCGCCGCCGCGGCUGCCUCGUCGGCGGGACCGCCAGCGACGGAGGCGCAGGUGCCUGCCGCGCACGCUCACGCAGCAGCGCCCUUCAGCUCCCUGAACACGAUGGUGAUCACUGCGCUGUCGCUGCUCCUGUGCGGGCUGGUGGUCGUGCUCGCGGUGCACGCGGUCGUCCGGUGCGCGUUCCGCGUCACGCGCCGCGUGUGCUACGGGCAGGACGAGGAGUCCCCCGGCGGCGGCGGCGGCGGCGGCGCCGAUGCAUCGGCGGCCGCGGCCUCCUUCUCCUGCCAGGCCGGUCCCAGGAGGAAGCGUGGGCCGCGAACCGGGCUGCCCCCGUGGAUACUCUACUCCCGCGAGGUCGAGCUCACGGGGUGCGGCGCGGCGGAAUGCGCCAUCUGCCUCACGGAGUUCGUGCGGGGUGACCGCGUACGCGCGCUGCCGCACUGCAACCACGGCUUCCACGUGCGGUGCAUCGACCGCUGGCUCGCCGCGCGGCAGACGUGCCCCACGUGCAGGCGGGCGCCGUUCGCCGCUAAACCCUCGCUCUCGCUGCCGGACAGCGCGGAGGCACCGGAGUCCGUGCAGCUUCAGGCGCGCGUUGAAUCCGGGGCCGGGCAGCACGAGACUCAAUAGCGUGCCGUGAAGCUAUGAAGAUUAACUGUAUAGUCAUAGUGCUUGUGAGCAGUGGACAUUUUUUUUUGUUUCUCGACGUUCUCUCAUCUGUGAUGCUGAGGUCAUGAUCAGUUUUUUUUACAAGGCUGUAGAAGUGGCCCGUUCCGAUGGUAUGAGAUAGAGUGAUAGCUCCAAUUGCAAAUAUAUGCUAGAAUCAUUGAAGAAGUAGCGUCUGUGACUAUACCGUGCAGUUCGAAAAAAAAAGUGCUGCAUAAGUACAAAGGAAUUGGAGGAGAUCCGUGAAAAAGAAAAUCUUUUGCUAUAAGCUGCAAGAGAUUUUCAUAGCAAGUCCUCUCUAAUUCCGUUGUCCACAAACCAGCACUUAAAUACUAGGCACUAUAUUUCAAUCA